AUGGGCAGAACUCGCAGGCUCUGGCAUCUCCUUCGGGGUAGCCAUGAUGGAAAGGUUCAAGUAGCUGGUGAUGCGACUGGUGACUCGGGUGGCUGCACUCCCCAGUCACCUGCCGUCACGACAACAGCAGCGGGGCCUGAUCUGGCUACUGGGCGAGACGACAAAGACACCGCCAAGGAAAUAUGGCUCGAUGCGUACAAGAAACUUGAGGAAGAUGAGAAAACGAAGAAGAUGGUUAUGGCCUACGAAACAGUUCUCAGCAACCAGCUAGAUGAUGAGUUCUUAUCACUUCCUUCACCCGGCCCACGAUGCAGCCGAACCCCCGAGGACGAGAUAUCCGGUAUGCGAAGAGUGAUAGAAGUGACACUGGAGAAGGCUUCACGGCACAGUGAGAGGAAGCAGGGUUUCGUGAAAGCCGCAAAGGUCAUGAACACCAUCAGUUCAUCAGUCAUCAAGCCGAUGCUCCAGAUUGAGGCAGUUGCCUCUCUGGCAUUUUCCAUCCGAGCUGCUACAGCCGACAUCGACAUGGUCGACGGUCUUUGUCAUGUAGCAAAACGCAUGGAGUGGUAUAUGCUGUUGCAUACAUUGCUCCUUGAGAGGGCGCAACCAACCACCUCUGUACACGACAAUCAACAUGCCAAGCUUCGCGAUCACCUCAGAAAGAGCAUUCAGGAGCUCUAUACCAGCCUUCUCCUGUACGAGAUCCAGUGCGUCUGUUAUUGCUACCGUGACAGUCACAUCACCAGGACGUUGCGGGCAUUGGUAACACUGGAUGAUUGGAAGGCAGAAUUGAAUGACAUCAAGGAGCUGGAAUCUCGCGUGCAAAUGGAUAUGUCACAACUUGAACAAAGUCAGACAAAGGAUCACCUCAUAAAAGUUGCUGAGGGCGCUGAUGAGAAAUUCAACGGUAUCCAUCGCAUGCUGCAAUGCCUCCUCACAUCUCAUGAGCAGAGUUUCAGCAUGGAAGAGACAAUACGUCUUAAGAAACUUGUCGGCUUAUCCAACACUUCAGACUACAACAGACAGAUGAGAUUCAAACCCAUUCGCACACCAGGAACCUGUGAAUGGUUCUGCAACCACGGUGCUUUCAAGAAGUGGCUUGCUUCAGAUCGUGUGGACUUCUCGUGGUAUCCGCGGCCCCUGGGUGUGCUGUAUUUCUUCUUCAAGGACACCAAUGAGCAGAAGCACCUCAACACAGCCAUAUGUGCUGUUCUGCAUCAGCUACUUCUGGACAAUCAUGCUCUCGUGGGAGAGCUGCAAGAGGCUAUAGUACAAUCAGGGGAAAAGAUUACAGAGAAUUCCUCGAAUCUUUGUAACAUUUUUUCGGCAGCUUGCCGAGAGUUUUCGGGCGGCAUCAUUUGCGUGUUUGACGCUCUUGACGAGUGCGACCCCGACGAAAGCCCUGAGCUUAUUCGGCGUAUCCAAGGCAUGCUACCAGUGGGAAGCGACGUAAAGGUCAAAUUCCUCAUUACCACCCGAGGGUACCCUCGACUUUUGAACCACUUCAUAAAAUACGAGUCUGGCCUGAUCCAUCUUGAUGGCGAUGGAAAGCGAGAGAAAGAUGCCACACAGCGGGAGAUCAGUCUUGUCCUUAACUACAAGUUGGACCAUCUGUUCAAGACUAAGAACCUCGACCACCAGCCUGAAAGGAAGGCUGCCAUUGAGCAGGCUCUUCACACUGACUGGAUGAAGUUGAUUAUCUCGCCACCACGCAAUGUGAACGGUGCAUACGCAACGCUACUGCAGAACGUUCCCGAGGACGAGAGCUUUUCCGUAAAGAUUCUGCUGCAUCUCAUGGUCGCUGCAUUCAGGCCACUGACCCUACGGGAGAUGAACACGGCGUUGAUCGUGUAUGACCGCCCUGGCGCCGAUGACGAGAAAAGCCUGGGACUGCAAUGA